AUAGACAAUGAUUACAGUUGAAUUGAGUGAUUUCUUGGAAAUUAAUGAAAAGGAAAGUGUUCUCAGAGGAAUAUCAGCAAGUGAUAAGAUACUUUCAUCUGGAAUUUGUCAGUUUCUUGUUGCUGAGAAUGCACAAUGGAGAAAACCAGAUGAAGGAGCCGCUGUGGCAUUGUUCCUGAAAAACAGUACGGAACGAUAUUACCGGAUAAUAGUAAUGGAACCAUCUGCAGAUCCAGAUUGGGAGCCAACAGUUCAAUUUGAUUUUCUUAUUAGAGACAAAAAGUUUGAAACAAUGCAGGAACAUGCAAGGUUACUCGUUUUUGAGGCAGAAUCCAGAUACAUUGGAUUGAACUUUUACGACUCAAAGGAAUGUGAGAACUUUCACAAUAGUGUUUGCAAACGACAAACGAGAAGUACCGAUAAAGCAAAGCAGCCAGCAUUGGAGGGAAAGAAGAAGAAGAAAAUUAGUUUUUUUCAUAAUCUAUUCAAAUCCCACAGUGAAUCAAAAAAUCAAGUUGAAAUUGGAGCACCAACAGAUUUUCGGCAUGUUGAUGGUGUGAAGUUGACAGAUGUACAAGAAGAUUUGUAUAUGCAAGUUAGGAGUAAAUUGAAUGUGAAUAAUCCAGAAGAAGAGGAAAUUGUGAAGCAAGUGAUUGUAAGAAAUGAAGAUCAUAUUAGACAAUCAUUGAUGGUGAAAAAAGAAUCUCAAACUGUGAAAGAAGUUAAGGACAAAAAUAAAGAUAAAAAAAAAAGUAAAAGCUUUUUUGGACGUAACAAACCAAAAGUCGAGGAUGUUUCUCAACCGAUUGUACCAGUCAUCACUGGUGAUCCAUUGAAUCCCGAUUGGACAUCUAAUUCCACGAGUUCCAUGUCUGCGUCGUUCCGGUCUUCGUCUACAGUAACCGCAGCAACAUCAUUCAAACAUAGUCACACUUUUGCUGCGGAUCCCAUCAAGACUACGGACUGGGAAACUCCGAGAAAAGAUACUUAUGGAUCUACAAAUCAGCGACAGCCUCAAAACAUUUAUAAAUUCGAACAAGAACACGUUGAACAAACUUAUCAAAUUGAGAAAAUUGAAAUGGACGAUACACCGCCAGAGUUGCCAAGUAGAGGUGCUUCAAGAAAUCCAGAAGAUCAGAUGACUAGAGGAGGUCUCUCAACUCCUCGAAUUCCAACUCAUCGUGACUCCUAUCGUUGGGCUACAAAACCAGACACUGUACCGAAGCAGACUCCUCCUCCAACUCCAAAUGCACCUUCACAUUCUCAUCAAGUUGAUCAGUUUGCUGAGUUCAAACUAGUGGAACCUAAAACACCAACACGAGUGGCUCCACCGCCCCCUCCUUCGGCUCCGCCUACUAUUAAAUUCCCUAUUUCGACUGGACCAUCGUACUCUUCGACAACUCCACCUACCACUCCAAAACCUGCUCCUCCUCCUCCAUCACGUAUUCCAAAUCCUUCUCCUUCUCCGCAACCUGCCGAAGUUAGUAAAUCUCCACCACCACCUCCACCACUUCCACCGAUUGCAACGCCUUCUUCUGUACCUCCACCUCCACCUCCACCUCCACCUCCACCACCGGCUCUAGAACAAGAAAUCUCUGGGCCACCAACAGUUAGAUUAACUGCUGUUCCAGAAUCUAAUUCUGAUCGAAGAAGUCUAAUGGAUCAAAUCCGUUCAACCGAUCGUUCACAAGUCUUGCGUAAAGUCAGUGAUACACCUGAAACGAGGCAAUCUGUCCCAUCAACGACGUCUGGAACAAUUGUCGAUCAGAUUCAGAACUUCCUCGAUGCAAGAAGAUCCGGAAUAAAUCCAAGUGAUUCCGAAGAAUCUGACGACGACGAUGACGAAUGGAGUGAUUAGGAUUUUUAAUUGUAAACUAGACGGAACAUUAGACUUUUGCAAUAAAAUCCGUUUAUU